GUAGAGCAAUCCUCCAGUAUACUGUGCGCAGUGUUUGCUCGGCAGAAGACCGGAGUGGGAUCUAGUUAAAGUUGCAUGCUUUCCAUGAAUGGGCUUGUCAAGUACUAGUGAAAAUCGUGUGCCAUGCGGUCAAACUGUCAGAUAUAUCAAUCACUAGUCCAAACAUUGAGAAUGCCAUCGAGCUGUAUGCCCACUGGAUCACAUGUCUUAGUCGUGGACCACAAUGAACAAAGAACAAAUUACCGCCACCAGGAGAACAGGUACUCGAGCAAAGGCUACGGAGAAUUUUUUUGCUCACGGCGCAACACAUCAGCCCCUCCAGGCGAGAAGUACGACCCGAUUGAGGGACUGCCCGGAGUUUGAAUUGCCUACCAUGGGUGGGGGGAUAUGGGACGGGCAUACGGUUUGGCAGACGAUCAUCAACAACCAUUUACGGGAGUACAUGUACCGGAAUAUCGUGAUCAGAUCAGUGUGUACUUGUACCCUUGGGAAUGGGGGGUGUGGGUUCCAAUGGCAUGGAAACUGUCAUUGCCGAUCGCGCGCACGCUCUCUUGGAACCAAGACCCCAAUUUUUGGCUUUAUUGAUGAUUGGGACUCGGGCGUUAUACCUCAGGUGCUGUGCAGUACUGUGCCUACUCAUACUAUCUGGAUACUCAUAAAUAUGAUUCAUUUUCAAUUUUGCCCUCUGGAUAGUAUCUGGCUUUUGGUUCGCUGAAAUGAGCUGAGGCGAUUCAAGAGAGAUCGCCCGGGAGUACCGUGCUAGAGAUCAGUCCUACGGGAAGUAAAGGAGUAAAAUAUAUUGUGAGGGGGAAUCGCCCUACUACGACGGACACUGU